CUCUAGUCUCCACUCUCCAGUCCCAAUAACAAUCAUUGAAAACGAACAGCAACCCCCCGAAGAUUGCUACUUCAUCGGGCCUUUAUUUUCAACAAACCGAGCCCACCAUGACAGACUUACGACACCGAGGAGCGACGGAAAAAGAGCUGCAGCAUCAACACUCGGAGGAUAAGGGCUCUGAGACUGAGGGCAAGGAGAGAGAUGGAGCCUCAGACAACGAGACCAAAUCAGAUUCUGGGGUUCCUGAGGUUCCUGUUUCUGCCGAUGACACACCAGAGGUUCUCAACAAAGCCCUCUCAGGCCUUUCCUCACGAUGGAAGAACUGGUGGGUGAGGGGCAUCCUUACUCUGGCUAUGAUCUCCUUCUUCUUUUUCAUCAUUUAUUUGGGCCCGAUAGUGCUGAUGAUGAUUGUGAUGUGUGUUCAGAUUAAGUGCUUCCAGGAGAUCAUCACAAUUGGUUACAGUGUGUAUCACUCUUACCACCUGCCCUGGUUCAGAACACUAAGCUGGUACUUCCUGUUGUGUGUGAACUACUUCUUCUAUGGGGAAACGGUGACGGAUUAUUUCUUCAGUUUGGUGCAGAGGGAGGAGCCUCUACGCAUCCUCAGCAAAUACCAUCGCUUCAUUUCCUUCGCCCUGUACCUCACAGGGUUCUGCAUGUUUGUUCUGAGCCUGGUGAAAAAACACUAUCGCCUUCAGUUCUACAUGUUCGGUUGGACUCAUGUGACCCUGCUAAUCGUGGUGACUCAGUCCCACUUAAUCAUUCAUAACCUGUUUGAGGGGAUGAUCUGGUUUAUUGUUCCCAUCUCCUGUGUUAUCUGUAAUGACAUCAUGGCUUAUAUGUUUGGCUUCUUUUUCGGUCGCACACCUCUCAUAAAGUUGUCUCCUAAGAAGACGUGGGAGGGGUUUAUCGGUGGCUUCUUCGCCACUAUUGUUUUUGGAAUCUUACUGUCGUAUGUGAUGGCGGGUUAUAGCUACUUCGUUUGCCCGGUUGAGUUUAACAACGACUCCAACAGUUUCACAGUGGACUGUGAGCCAUCUGAACUCUUCCAGCUCCAGAGCUACGGCCUGCCGACUGUACUUCAGUCCAUCACGGGCUGGACCACAGUAAAGCUGUACCCUUUCCAAAUCCACAGCAUCGCCCUGUCUAGCUUUGCCUCCAUCAUGGGACCUUUUGGAGGCUUUUUCGCCAGCGGCUUCAAAAGGGCCUUCAAAAUCAAGGACUUUGCAAACACCAUUCCUGGUCAUGGAGGAAUCAUGGACCGAUUCGACUGUCAGUACCUCAUGGCUACAUUUGUAAAUGUUUACAUCGCCAGCUUUAUCAGAGGGCCAAACCCCUCUAAAGUCAUCCAACAGCUUCUUGCUCUGAGACUAGACCAACAGCUCCACAUCUUCAACUCGCUCAAGACUCAUCUGACAGAGAAAGGCCUGCUUCCUGCCCUAGAAGAAGCAGCCUAACUUUUCGGACCACCCUAGGGACAUCCCACCGUAGUGAGCCAUAGAUGGAGGGAGGAGAGUGCAACGGAAACAGAUCCAGGAGUGAAUGCAAGUGGGAGAUGAGACGAGUAACAUAGGAAGGGAAACAACGGGAAACUGAACUACAACCUUGGGUCAUUCCAUUUUCAGUGCGUUUGCGGGAAAGAGUGAGUGAAUGAGUGCGUGUACAAAUCAGUGUUUUUGCUUGUCAUUUCAAUUUUUUUUGUGUGUGUGAACGUUUUAUGUUUAUCUUUUAUGCCACAAAAGAAUAUUAUAUAUAUAUUGAGAAGUUGACAUUUAUUGUUACAGUCGUACAAUUCCACUUGUGUACAAAUGUUCCGUACUUAUGAUUGUCUGAAUAUUUUAUAAUGUUUAUGUUUUAUUUGUUUUAAUGCACUGUUCAUCACACUGUCAUUUCAACCUCAGGCUAGCCUUUGUUCAUUUUGUUGUUGUUGUGCUAACAGGUGUUUCCAUGCUCCAUCAUAAGUUUGUAUUUCCACUGCAGCGUGCCGUAAAUCCAUGUUUCUUAUCCCUGAUCUUGGGUUUUGACAUUGUUAUAACAUUAUAUUUAAAAGCAAUAUGGUCAUUGAUAUCAAAGAUGUGCUUCAGCCCAAUAGGUGGUGACUGUUAACAGUUCAGAUGUGUGGGACUAUACGUACCUUUCUGAAGGUACAGUACGGAGAAGAUUCCGAUUUCAUUAUUCAGUGUUUGACUGGAUGUUGAAGAAUUGUUCAUUUCUAGCUUCUCACCCCUAAUGUUCUAUUGUCACUAAGCAGUUACUAGCUAAUCUUUGUCAAGCCUAAACGAUUUUUCUGUGUGUUGAUUUGUGAACUGUUACACACUAAAAGCUAAGGAUCAAGUUGGGCCAUCAAAUCUCAAUGACUGUUUUGGUUUUAAAUAAAUUUCAUAUGAACCAUUUUCUACCAUUUUCACUGCAUUAAGUCUAUUUCUGGUCCAUCUGUUUGGUUUUUAUCUUCACCUACUGUGUAAACUCGUGGAUAAAGGGUCAGAACUAUUCUGUGUCUUUCUUAAGGUAUUUUAUUCUGCGAUUAUACAUGUUGAUCAUUAACAUGUGCCAUAACCAAUAUUUAUUUACUUUUAAAAGGAAACCUCAAUGGGUGUCAUUGAGCAGCUUUUAAAAAAGUAGUGCACAGUAGUAUUACAGUAACAUGUAUGAGGUUGUAAUGGGCUCAGGUUAGUCUGUAUGUGCGGUCCACUGAUAUCAUCAGUAAAGGUACGUGAGCACAUACUUUCAGACCUGAUAAGAUGGAUACACUAUUUAAACUUGUGAUGGGCAAGUCAUACUUGAGGUAUUUUAAUCUUAUUUUUCAGUUUAAAAAGAAUUUCUAUACCCACAGGUUUUGAGAGAUAAAUAGGCAGCUUAUCUGAGUGUGAUAACUACCUUUCCCUCUUUCAAUAGAAGACAUUCAGAAUCAAUGUCUUGCUUUUGUUUGAUGGACAACCCAAGCCAUAUAUGAGUCUUCUUGAGUAAGUCUUUUAUAGCAGGUUUGAAUUUUAUGUUGCUUUUCACUGCUGACGUAACGACAAGCACAUCAAGCAGUGAAUAGCCUACUUCCGGUAUUUGAAUCCCCUCCAUAUCCCCAUCCACCAUAAAUGCAUGUUAUUUUUUUUAUUUGUAUUUAUUUUAUUUUGAUUCAGUACAAAAAAACACUAAAGUUGUGAUAUUCAUCUGUUAUGUUGCGCCGAUUUUUAAAAAAAGUUUUUUUCUUUCAUGUUGUAUUAGUUCAGCUCGAUGUCUCGAUUUUAUCAAAGUAUUAGAUACUGAUUUUAUUAGAAUUGCAUACAUUGUUAUUGUAUACGAUUGUAUAGUAUAUAUACGGUAUAUGUUUAACAUAGAGAUUAUUCUAUUCUUAUCUUUACUGUGUUUAAAUGGUCCUCUAAGCCAGUCUGUGCUCUGUGUCUAUAUAGGCUACUGUGCUGAAACAUUAGCGUACAAACAAGUCCAGACAUUAGCAGAGCAAUUUCAGUGUUUUCUAGUCAACACAACAGAGUUUACAGACCAGUGAUGUUACUGUGCAACUAACCACUGAUGUCAGGAGUGCGUUUGUGUGCUGUGACCAUAAAUAUUUAUAAAGAGAUAGAGUUAUGAAAGUCUUAAGUGCACGUUUAAAAAAAAAAAUCAGUCUCGUAUCGUUUCUGUGAUUAGUAUUUUUUUCACGUGUGCCAUUCAUAGCCAAUAGAGGGCGCUAAACCUCAUGUGUGGUUAACACUAGCGAAACGAGGCGUGCUUUUUUAUUUGAAACAUUGAUUCCGUUUCCCUAAACGCUGCCGUGACAUUUUAUACUUCUUAGAAAUUAUGCGAAUGUUGCGGUCUCUUGUAGUGUCAAAGAGAAACUGACUGCAGUGCAGUUGUUUUCUGUUUCUGGCGAUUUAUUCAUUACCAUUUACAUUAUAGUAAGGUUAUGGUUAACUAGGCCUACAUAAAUUAAUCUUACUUCAUGUUAAUUUCAUACAUUAUCAAAUCAAAGUGAAAUUUUAUUUCAUGGACCUGAAUUAAAAGAGAACAAUUAUAGGCUAUAUUUAACUAACGUUAACAAACAUUAAUCAAUACUCUAACAAAUGUAUUGCUCAUUCAUGUUCAUGUUAGUUAAUGCACUACUAGGAGACCUUAUUGUGAAGUGUUAACUGAAAAUAGAAAUCCCAUUCUUUAUUUUAGUUUGCUUGUAAGAAGAAAACAAAACUCCUCUCUGUUGAACAAAUGAACAACAACAAGUCAAUACGUUGUUAUUGUCAUUGAGUAGCCUAUGGUCUGUAAUUCUGAUGUAUUUUAUUUUGUAAUUUUUGAUAAAGCAGAUAAAUGUGCUUUCCCUGCCGCUUUGUGUACAGUGGUUUGCUAAUUGUAAAUGGUUAAUAAAGAGGAAAGCUCAGCAUAUAUAUAAA